AUUUUAGUAUCUCUCUCCCAGCCUCUAAUUUUUCUCUCCUCCUCUCUCCUGCACGUAUAUAUACACACCCACACACACACUGACUCUAUAUCUACAAAACUCCUCCUUCAACACGGCGCAAUCGAAACGGGCGUGCUUUGCUCUCCUGCCUUCUCUCCUCCUCUAUAUACGAAACUCACAGCGAUUGGACUUUUGCCAUCACACACGAACACACGAACACACACACACAAACACUCCUGGAAUUCCCAAACUCUCUGAAUUUCUUGAAUUUCCGUCUCCCGGAGGAUUGCGCUCCGACCCCGCCGUUGAAUCGUUCGUAAUUCCUGGUAACGAGAAUCAAAACGACUAGGUUUGGCGAUACCAAGGUCUGGGUUCGAUUCGGAUUGUAAUUUUAUUGAAUAGAAAUAGAUUGGCUAUACGAUUGUUCUUGAUUAUUCAUUCUGGAAGGCCGGGGUUAUUUUUGCGGGGUAUUGCUUAUCUGGGCAUCAAACAUUAGUCUACUUUUUGAUGGUUAUUAGUUCUAGGGUUUUAACUAUUUCUGUUUUUUUAAAUCAAAUCGGUGGUUGGAUACUUUGUUUUUCUUUCUAUUGAGAAUUGGCCUAUUGCUGUGUUGGUAUGCUGGCGUGUUUUACAAAUUUUAUUGGGGACUGAAAGGACUAUAGAAGCGAGUGAGGAGUUUAUUUGUUCCACAUCAUGGAAGAAAUCAUUGUCUAUUGAACUCGGGAUAUAUAAUGCAAGGAGAGGAAUAGCCUUAUAGCCUUGGUGACAGUGUAAAGAACUUGGAUUAAUAUUGCCAAGACACCAAUAUAUUGGUGGCUAGUCUUAAGUGUUAAUUUGGUGUUAACACGUCGAGGUCAAUUUGCUUUUGUAUGGAAGCAAUUACUUUUGGUGCUUGUCAUGGAAAGAAAUGAGCCUAAAUUAGCACCGGAGUGGUUGAGAAGUGUUGGAAAUAAAUCGGCUUGCAGUUCUGCUUCCUCAUUGCAAUUAGGUGUUUCUGAAGCAUCAAAAUUUACGAGAGGUAAGUCAUCAUCAGUAAAUGGUACUGGUUAUGAUGUAGGGAGGCCGGUUUCUGCUGAUCAUGCUGCCAUAUCUCAUUUGCAACGGAGCUCCAACAGGAGCAGCUCUGUAAACCAGCGGUCUUACAGUAAUUUUGGAAGGAACCGUCAUUAUAGUAGGGACAGGUAUAAGGAUAAAUAUGAGAAUUCUGUGCAGCCGCCUGAUACAUCAAGGAAAAAUUCUGGGAGUAGGACUCAGAAGGAUGGGUUUAGGCCUUCACAGUUAAUGAUUUCCGAGAGACAUGGUGAGAAGUUGAUGAGGAAUUCCUGCAAUGGUGAAAAUAACAGCACAAGUUAUUUGAACGGUCUACCUGAUAAGUAUGGUCUCUCCAACACUCUGCAUAGAUCUGAAUCUGAAAGAGGUUUUUUGUUGAAUGGUGCUGAGGGAAGGCAAACGGCUACUGGGAUUGGAAGGGUCCGUUCUCCCGGACUGAGUGUUGCAACUCCAAGCACAACAAGAUCUCUCCCAGAUGUUAAGAAUGGUGAUAAAUGGACAUCCCAUCUGGCUGAAGUUCCUCCAACAACCCGAAGUGAUGGCUCUGGCUGUUCAUCUGUUCAACUUGCUACUCCUUUUGCCGCUCCAACUUUGAGCACUGCAGCUGGUGCUGGUUUUAAUAUGGCUGAAGCAGUGGCAAAAAGUCCUCGCAGUGUUCAGACUACUUCGCAGUUAUCUAAUGGAAAUCAGAGGCUUGAAGACCUAGCAAUUAAGCAGUCUAGGAUACUAAUUCCUGUAACUCCAUCUGCACCAAAAAUCUCGGCACUGAAUCCUUCGGAUAAGAUCAAGUCUAAGGUCACAGAGCAGCGGCAGCAGCACCAUCCCUUGUCACCAUCUCAUGUUGCAAGCAACUCUGUACGAAGUGGGGGCCUAGGGACUACUGAUGCUUUAAAGAAGUCUAGUUUUGGAAAGCUUCAUGUCCUCAAGCCGAGUCGAGAGAAGAGUAGUGUUUCUUCGGUUGUGUCUAACUGUUUAGACCCAAACCCAGAUACGAAGGGAUCAAAACCUAUGCUAUCUCCAGUUUCUACGAUGCAGAGACCACCCUACAACCCAGUUUCUCCUACUGCUGAGCCAAAGCCUUCACGAGCAGUGACCGAGAAGCGACUGUCUUCUCAAGCUCAAAGCCGAAAUGAUUUCUUCAAUCUUAUGAGGAAGAAAUCUAUGGGUGAUGCUGGUGCUGCUUCUGAUACUGCUGCCCCAGAAGUUUCAACCGAACCUACUACUCAAGCCCAAGAUGCCCCAUCAUUUGAUAAUCCUAGUGUAAUCAUGGCGGUAGACAAUACCAAUGAAGACACUGGCAAAGGCGAUGCCAUUGAUGGACAGAAACAGCUUAAGAAUGGUAAGACUCAUCCCAGUCCUGAUGCCAUUUCAGAGGAAGAGGCUGCGUUUCUGCGCUCUUUGGGUUGGGAGGAAAAUGCUGAUGAGGGUGGUCUCACUGAAGAGGAGAUCAGUACAUUCUACCGAGACCUAACAAAGUAUAUAAACUCAAAACUGCCGUUGAAAAUUUUAGGAGUACAGCCAAGACUUAUGCUGAUGCUCAACUCUUGAAUGGCGACAGUGGUAUCUCUUAUUCGCCCCGCUUGACAGGAAUUUUGUGAGUCGAUGUUUUUCCUGGUCAUUUUUGUUGCUUCAAUGACAUUAGAUGGAUCGAAGGAUGCUAAGAAUCUAAGUAGAAUAGGAAGCGGUGGUAAGAAGAGCCUUGUUUUCUAUGGACAUAAAGGUAGAAAUAAGCUUUCUAUGAUCCAAUUCUGAUUAUGGAUUUUGGUCUUCUUUUGUUCUUGAAACACAGGAUUUUGAAAUGCUAUUUCAGUUUUAUUUAGUUUAGUUGCUAAUU